AUGGCGAAAGUUGGUCCGAUUGCGAUGACCACGGAACCGCUGUUCCGACAGUUAAUGCCGAAUUCUCGUACUCACUACGCUACACCGUACGAGGAGACGUUGGCAUAUUUGGAAAGACUUGGACGCCGCUCCGCUCAACGCUCAUCCCCUCAGUGUCAAGAAACGCGACUGAGAUCGCUUGAAGCACAGGUACAGAAUCUGCGCGAUCAACUGCGUGAGACGUCCGUUCGACUGGGAGAUUCGAAAACUGAAAAUGAACGACUGCGCUAUCUCUACAACAGCAGCGAGUCGAGCUCACUAACUGCCCUUCGAAAAUCGUUAGCAGUUGCCGAGCAAGAUGUUCGCAAAAAGCAGGAGGAGAUGGAGGAACUCCGAUCGCAGCUCGUCAAUCAGGACUAUGAGCAACGCGUGGCUGCGUUGCAACCGCGUCUCAUCACUAUGUUGCGAGUACAAUUGGCGGCAAUUGCAAAUAUCACCAAGUCGCAGAUCCUCGAUCAACGUCUGAGUGUUAGCGAAGACAUCGAGGAAUUGAAACAGAUGCUAAUCUCACGCGGUAUCGUAAUCCCGUCGCAGUCGGACUCGUGGACGAUGACCGAAGCGUUAGAAGGUGAAUCAGACUAUUUUGACGAUGACGAAGAAGUGGACACAAAGCAAGACAGCGAAUGGCAAGCUGAGAUGACUGCUAUACAGAAUACCCACCAAUCCGAGUUAGAAACUAUCCGCCAUCACUAUGAGCAUCAGCUGAAAGGAAUGCGAGAACGCAUCGAACAUGAAGAGGCGCGGCGACGAAAAUUGCAAGAAGAACUCGUGCAGAUUACGACACGAAACGAUCAGUCGCUUACCACUGUCAAAGCGUCAUUUGAAGAUGUGCUAGAAGAACAACGGAACGGAUUUCAGGAGGAGAUGGAACAGCUCCGAAAAGAGCACCAACGGGAAUUGGAUGAGGAGAAAGCCGCGACUAGACUAGCAUUAGAAGCGGUUCGUCGAGCUCACGAAGAAGAAUUGAAGGCGGCCACAUCGAAGCGGACAAAUGGAGAAAAAGACCGCGAUGUGACACGACAGAAUGCAAUGUUGGAGCAAAUGCGAGAGGAACUGACAAACCUGUCAGCAGCCUAUUCGGCCAAAUGCAUCGAAAAUGCCCAACUCGACGAGCGACUAUCCGCCUUGAUGGAGGAACGGGAACGAGACGGUGAAAGUGAGGAUAUACAACGACUGCAACGCGAUUUGAUGGCCCGUGACUCGCAAGUGGCCGAGCUCCAGCGACGAAUCUCAGCCUACGAGCGACGUAUCAGUGGCGAAUCGCCCAUUGUCGCAAGCGACAAGGACGAGUUACCCUCGGAGGUACCGUGCUCCGAGAAAACCAACUCAGCAGUCAAGUAUAGGAAGAUGAACAAGAGCCGACGUACUGACAUUCGCUUCCACAGUAAUCCUGUGAUUCCGGUGCUUGAAGGAGUACCCGAAUAUUUGGCAGAAGAUCUACGUCGCUCGUUAGCAGUACCCGUUAGUGAACGUCGCAAGUUUUUCGAGACAAUCGCCGAAUACAGUACCCCGUUUUGA